AUGGCCUUCCUCCCCAGUCCUCCAUCCCCGUCCAAACCGGGCUCCUUUCCCCCAGAAACAACACCAGCAAUCCCCGUUGCUCCCCCUCCCUGGAGUUUAAAAGCCAAAGCCUGGACCUUCCUAUACAGCGACACCGACAAGGGAAAUCCACGUCCCCAAAAUCCCAACAACACCGAGGAGAUUCUCCAAUCCAUCCUCCCGCCAGGCGCCUUCCACCCUUGCGAAAAUAUCCACCCAUCCGCACUUGAAAGACUCCCAAAUGGGGACCCCCAGUUCCAGCCCUCAUGGCUGAAAGGCAUCAUGAUCGUGCGCUAUGAAGACUCAGACGUCGGCCCCUACGACGAGUUAAUCUUCAUCCCCGGACGCGCUGUCAAUCCACACAGCGGAAAGAAAGACAUGCGUAUUAGCACCAUCUACGUCUCGACGGAUAACAGUGUCUGGAAUGGACGGAGGAACUGGAACAUCCCCAAACACCGCGCCCGAUUUGAAUUCACACCAGCAGAAAGUGGAAAAGGUACUGAAUUGCGGGUAUAUCACCCCGAAGACACGCCUGCACCACUCGAUCCAAAGACUCCCUUCUUCACGGCGCUUUUGACAGACUCCUCGCUGCCCAAGAUCCCAUUGCCUGGUCUGGCGCCAUUCUCGCUAAUUCAGCCGCCACUAUCGAGAUCGCGACAUCCGCCUGGAGUGCAAGAUGCGGCGAUCGCGACGGAUGAUCCAGAGAACGGGCGCGAGACCCCGUGGUUGCUGUGCAGGCCGUCAUUUAAAGGGUCUUGGGGGCUGGCAUAUGCAGAUACAUUGCAGGACGGGGAGGAUACACUGCAGCAGCAUGGAGAUGGAAUUGGGUUUCCAGAGAUAAAGCUCAUGAGCGUGGGGACGGCAUUUGAAGGGAUCGUUGGCUUUGGGGUGUCUGAUAUUGCCAGUUGA